AGACAUCAACCGAAAAACCUGCGAAAACCCUCUCGUCCGGAGCAGGGAUGGUGUACAGCACAGCUGCUCCAGGGGUAACCCAAAAGUCUCUACUAUUUUAUCGUGCCGUGAAAUUCUCACGGGGACCCCUUUCACAUUUCCGCCAUCAGGGUCAUCUUCCGGUAACUCCAAUUGGAACGAAUGCGGUUCGAAGCAACUCAGGCCACCUACACUAUUAUCCUCUGAACUGUAGCCAUGCAGCAGUGUUUAGGGGCCUGCGUUCCUCUGGGGCGGGAUUUAACCACGUAGGUUCCGAUCAUUUUCGGGUUUCGGCCGUGGCGGAUGAUGGUUCUGGUGGACAUGGGGGUGCUGGAAGUGGGAAUUCCGGCGGGAGUGGUGGAGGCAGCGGCGGCAGAAGCGAUGGACCGGGCGGUGGAGGAGAAAAGUGGUCCUUGUUGUCAUGGUACAUGGCUCUUCUUGGAAAAUAUCCUAUUGCAGUCAAAGCUAUAACAUCUGCACUCUUGACAUUAAUUGGUGAUUUGAUUUGUCAGCUUGUGAUAGAUCAAGUUCCGUCACUGGAUAGCAAGAGGACACUCCUCUUUACUCUAUUGGGUUUUGUGUUAGUGGGUCCGACGUUGCAUUUAUGGUACUUGUAUCUGAGUAAACUAGUCACCAUGCCCGGUGCAUCAGGUGCAUUUUUGCGGCUUUUACUGGAUCAGUUCUUAUUUGCUCCCACAUUCAUUGGAGUAUUUUUGGCUACGCUGGUAACUCUAGAAGGGAGGCCAUCUCAAGUAAUACCCAAGCUUCAACAGGAGUGGUUUUCUGCUGUUCUAGCAAACUGGCAACUAUGGAUACCUUUUCAGUUUCUCAACUUUAGAUUCGUCCCACAACAAUUCCAGGUUCUUGCUGCUAAUGUUAUAUCUUUGAUAUGGAAUGUUAUUCUUUCGUAUAAGGCGCAUAAAGAAGUUGUUCAGAAGUAGGCGUGCUUUAUCUGCUGGAAAUGCACACCUGAUUCAACUAGCUUCAUCAUUGUGAAAGAAGUCUUCGGAUUAUCUAGAGCUGCCUUUUUACCUUGGAAAUUCAUCUUUAAGCCAGUUUAGGAGGCUGGAAGCAAGGAUCUCUUCUUCCUCCUGUAACUGAAUUCUAAUUCGUUACUGGGAUAACUGUUGGCUAAUUGUAGAGUGCAUUUUAACAAAGAAUCCCCAGAGGAAGAGAUUGAAAUUAGGGAAUUAUGAAGUUUACAUGAUUUCUGCAGAUUUUGGUUCAAUCAGAUGCCUGAGCUACAACGAACCCCUUCCUAGGGCCGCCCCUAGUGUGCCUGUGACAUUCACCACUUAAAACGUGGAGAGGAGUGAGGUGUCUCAGACUGUUAGUUGUCUGUAACCUUGACCAAGAUUGUACGGCAGCCAACUCGGGGCAGAUAAAACGGGUGUUUCAACUUUCAA